AUGUCAAUGUCGUUAGUGAUUUGCGUCAAACGUACUCAAGUGUUAGCUUUCAAUGAAGAAAUCUACGCCUUAAGAAAAAACCUGGAACUACCGCUGACGUCUAAACUUCGUCCUUUCAAGCCAUAUUUACACGAUGUCGGACAGUUACGGGUAGGUGGACGUAUCCACCACGCCCCGGUAGACUACUCAGCAAAACAUCCCAUUCUGCUACCAGGAGAUCAGUUGUUGACUCAACGGAUAGUGUGGGAUCAUCACGUCAAAAAUUUGCGUGUGAAAGCUGAGACGUUGUUAGCAAGUAUACGUUCACGUUACUGGAUACUUUCUGGUCGGAAAGCCAUCAAAUCAGUCGUGAAUAAUUGCUGGCCUUGUAAACGCCGAUCGUCGAAGCCAAUGCCGCCCCUUAUGGCAUCGCUUCCAGUACAUCAGCUUACCCCGUAUCGCCCUGCUUUUGCCUUCACGGGGAUCGAUUACUUCGGUCCUCUAACUGUACGUGUUGGUGGAAGAGGUGUAAGGCACGAAAAGCGAUGGAUCAGUCUUUUCAUGUGUUUAACAACCAGGGCUGUUCAUCUAGAAACUUCAGAUGGACUCAGUCUGGAAGAAUUCUUACUGUGCUUCACCCGGUUCGUCAGUGUACGUGGAAAUCCGGAGGUAAUUUACAGCUACAACGGAACAAACCUUGUUACAGCCGAACAAGAACUUCGCCAGGCUCUGGAAGAACUCCAGACCAUAAUGUCCUGUCAGCAGAUAGAAUGGCAUUUUUCUCCUCAGUAUGGGCCCCAUUUCGGGGGAGUAUGGGAAAGAUUGGUUCAAUCGUGCAAACGUGCGAUGAAAAUCAGUGUUAGGACUCGCCUCGUCACUGAUCGUGUGCUAAGAACCGUCGUUGCCGAGGUAGCCGCCUUGCUCAAUUCAAGACCACUGACUCAUCUCAGCAUGGAUCCUGACGAUCCUGAUCCCCUAACACCGAAUCACUUUCUACACGGUGGGGAACGUCCUUAUACACCGCUAAAGUUAUCAGAUGAAGAAAACGUACACGUAACCGCAAAGAAAUUUCUGCAAAGCCAGACCAUCAUUCAACAUUUUUGGAAUCGAUGGCUACGUGAAUACGUUCCUCAUCUGACUGAAAGAAGAAAGUGGGCCGAAAAUCGGCCUAAUGUUACUGUGGGGGAUAUAGUGCUUGUUAUUUAA